AUGGUAACUUAUGUCUUGGUUUAUGUAGAUGACAUACUGGUUACAGGGAACCAGCCUGCGCACAUCACUGCUCUACUCCAACAGCUUGCUUCGGAGUUCUCCAUCAAGGACCUUGGUCGUUUGAAUUUCUUUCUGGGUUUUGAGGCCACAUAUCAGCCAGAUGAGGUUAUUCUGUCUCAAACCCGUUACAUUACCAAUCUCUUACAACGAGCUGGCAUGGUGGACUGCAAACCAGUUCUCACACCGAUGGCCACCACCAAUAAAGCCUCCUCUACAGGGGGUGUCGCACACUCAGAUCCGACUCAAUACAGGUCUAUCGAUGGUACACUUCAGUAUAUUACCCUAACCCGUCCUGAUGUAGCCUUCUCAGUGAACCGGGUGUGCCAGUUCAUGCACAACCCAACUAAAGACUAUUGGUCCAUGGAGAAAAGGAUUCUACGCUAUCUCAAGCAUACUAUUAAAUAUGGCCUUCGCAUCACAAAAUCCUCUUCUCAGGAUCUUCAGGCUUUCACUGAUGCUGAUUGGGCGGGUGAUGGUGAUGAUAAAAAAUCUACAGGUGGAUAUGCAAUCUAUAUGGGCCCGAAUUUGAUCUCUUGGGCCUCGAAGAAACAGAAGACAGUUGCCCGGUCAUCCACUGAAUCAGAAUAUAAAGCACUUGCUGAUGCCUGUGCCGAGCUGACUUGGCUCCAGUCUCUAUUUGGCGAACUCAGUCUGUCCACGACCCAGGCCCCGGUGUUAUGGUGCGACAACAUUAGAGCCACUUAUCUCUCCGCCAAUCCGGUCUUUCAUGCCUGCACCAAGCACAUAGAGAUCGACUUCCAUUUUGUGCGUGAUAAAGUUGCCAAAAAGGAACUUCAGGUCCGAUUUAUUUCCACAAAAGACCAGAUUGCGAACAUUAUGACUAAGGGGCUCGGUACGACACGUUUUUCUUUCCUUCAGAACAAGCUAAAGAUUAGAUCUCUUAAAUCUUCAUCUUAA